UCCCACAGAUCCCUCUGUAACACCACCAUUUCCACUCGGAAAUAGCCCGUUUCGAGUGGAAUUUGUACAGGACGUUGAUCGCCUUGUUUCUUCUUCUUUUUUUCUAAUAAAAAUUAAAACGCUGCGAUGGACACGUCAUCAUCGCAAUGCGGUUCCUUCGACUAUCCAUUUUGUACCGACCAGGUCAGAACCGCACCCGCCGGUACGUGCUGCGAGGCACCCAAGCAGUGUCUGCUCUUCGCGGCAAACUCGACUGUCGUCUGCUGCCCGGACAAUGACUGUAGCGUCAUUGAUCCCAUCACCUGUGACAUCACCCAGCAGGUGUUCCCGGCAGAUAUUCUGACGACAAUCCAAAAGGGAAACCUCCCUAGGUGUGGAAACCAGUGCUGUCCGUGGGGUUUCCACUGCACGGAGUCCGGCGACUGCGAAGCAGAUGCCGACCAGGAUCAGUUGCCGGACGUAGUCGAGUUUCCUUCGCCGUAUGCGAACUCAAACGGCACCGCGAGCCCCGUGCCGUAUAAUACAACGGCGGCCCCGCCCAAAGCUAGCGUCGUCGUUGUCACCAGCGCAUAUCCGAUGCCCAGCCUCAGCCAGUCCAGCAACGCCGGCUCAGGGAUGAGCGUAGCCGAAAUUAUCGGCAUAUCUUUGAGUGCGAUCUUCGGCCUUGCGCUCAUAGCCCUGGGCGCCUACCUCAUCCGAAACUCCCGCAAAGCUGUCAGAGUUUUGAAGGACACGGAACAGGGUAGGGCAGCAGCAGCGGUGCCGGCGGGGAGCAGAACCCCCGCGGGGUUCAAUCGAGCUCCCGCGCACAUGGGAGGCGGGGUUAUGAUGAGGGCGGAGCUGGAUAGCAACCCCGUUUGCGAGCUGAUGGAUCCGGCGAUCAUACGGCCGGUAGUGACGGAGCCGUAUGAGCUCCCUGGCUGAAAUAGAAGACCAGCCACAGACAUACCAGGCUUUUGCCGCCCUUCUUUUUUUCGCCGAUUUCUGUUCGACACUGAAUGACAUUUUAUUGAAUAACCGCACCACGUUUUGUUUUGCGCCGAUGCGCGUUUUGGGUCCCGUCUUGAUUCGACGAAGACCGUGGGUACGAUAUGGAGAG